AUGGGGAAUUGUGUUUCUAGUUAAGAUGAUAUCCGUAAUGCAAACAAAGUUUCACCUGUUUCAUUAACAAUAAAACAUUUCACUUGGAAUCGUGAUUCUCAUGGUCUAUUUGAUUAUGAAAACAAGAAUGUUAUAAAAGGACAGAUAAAAGCAAACACCCAAUUAAUGAGAUUAAUUCGUUAAAAAGAAAAUAUUAAAAUAAUCUAAACGAAAGAGGAAUUAUAAUAAUUCUAAAAUUAGCCAGAUGUCAUAGAAUUACUUAAAUUGACUCGUUAAUUUUCUAAAUAUCAGGUUGAAUCUAGUUUAAGGGUCUCAAAGGCAGAAGAUUAAGAAGGAUUGAAUGACAACUGCCCAUGGAUAGUUGUAAAAUCAACCAAAAGUCAAUUAUCUGAUGGAUAAGGAUAUGAUUUAAGGGAAGGAGAUUACGUAAAAUUGGGGAGAGUGAGAUUUAGAAUUAGAGAAAUCAAAUGUUCAGUUGAUAAUAACAAUACAAACAAAGGUAACAUGGAACCAGAAUUGUAAAAAUAUGUAUCUGAGAAAUGCUUAAAUACAAUGAAUAUCAAUACAUAGGAAGACGAUAAAAGAAGUUAAUCAGAAGAGCCUUGCUGUCGAAUAUGCUAUAACGAUUCUCAAACAAAUAAAGACAAUCCCUUGAUUGAUUGCUGCAAAUGUUAAGGUUCUGUCAAAUACAUACAUAUAUAAUGUCUAUAAACUUGGUUAGUUAGUAAGUUAUCACCUAAAACAACCAAGUUUUCAGUUUCAUUCCAAUGGAGAUAAUUUGAUUGCGAAGUUUGCAAGGCAAUUAUUCCGAGUAGAAUUAGAUAUCAGGACCGAAUUUUUGAGACGAUUAUUAUACCUAAGCCAGAUGCACCAUACAUAACUUUGGAAAUCUUAAGUCGAGAACGCAAUAAGAGUAAGGGAACUCACAUAAUCAGUUUUGCAUAAAAAUAACAAAUCAAAUUGGGCAGAGGUCAUGAUUCGGAUGUAAGGAUUACAGAUAUUUCAGUAUCUAGAUGUCAUGCUUUGAUCAAAUUUAUUAAUUCUGGAUUUGUGAUUGAAGAUUAAUAAUCGAAAUUUGGAACUUUAGUCUUAUUGAAGAAUCCUGCUUAGAUGUCUGUUGACAGUAACAAUAAUAUGGCCAUCUAAGUGGGAAGAAGUGUAGUUAGUUUUUAAGUUUCGAAAGAUUGGAAUAUAAUCUCAUCCACAAAUAAAGGAAAUGUGUAGGAGGAUUAAAUGCUACAAGAUGACACAGAUUUAAUUGGAAAUGCAGUGGGUGAUGAAGAUCAAGCAUAGAUUGAAUAAGAAUUACAAAACUUUGAAGAACAUACACCAUGA